AUGCCCAAUGAAGCAGGACAAAUCCAAGCUGAUGCCAAGUAUCAGGAAGGGGUUCGAGUUGUUGGGUCUUCUUCUGUUUCCGAUGGGGAGAAUCAAGACUUGAAGGUUAUACAAUAUGUGUUUGAAUGCUUAAGUCCUGAAGAUAAGGUUUUUUGUUCCCCACUUUCAUAUUUGUCUCAAGAAGAAUUUGCCACGCUUAAAGCAGGGGCUUUUUUGGAUUCAUUGGUAAUAGAUACUUUUGCGGAGAUGUUAACCCAUAUUGAGCGAAAGAAGAAAAUUACACCUUCGAAUUGGUAUCUUCCCGUGGCAUUUUCGGAGGCAGCACUCAAAGGCAGCAUAGGUCACUUCUUGGGCUUUGUCCAUCGCCAAAAAAUAAAAGAAAAUUAUAUGUCUGACCUGAAAUCCUGUGAGAAGGUGUUUAUUCCCGUUCACAUUGAAGCAAAGCCAAAUUGUGGACAUUUUUAUUUAUACAUUAUCCAUGUAAAGAAUGAAGAGAUUGAAAUAUGGGAUUCUCUGCUCGAUACAUGUGUGGCUGAAACAGAUCGCAAUGAGAAUACAAGAAAAUUGGUGAGAUUGGAGGAUUUGGCUAUGAAGUUGCUCAACAGUGACCUGAACCAAGAAAAAUACAAUCUCUAUGACAAAGCAAGACGGCACUAUGCACAAGUUGAACAGCAAGAUGAAUCUUCCAAAGAUUAUAUAUUGCCUACAACAGUUUUGAUAGGGUGGACGUUUCGAAUUUAUACUAAACAAAUAUGGGAGUGGAUAAUGGAUGACAAGGUGUCAGCAAUUGGCGUUUGGGGAAUGGGGGGUUCAGGAAAAACAGCCUUGGCAACCCAUAUUCAUGACAAGCUUUUAGAAGAAGCCAAUGGUGACAUUCAAGUUAUUUGGGUGACUGUAUUACAAAAUAUUGACAUCUACAAGUUGCAAAAAGUCAUAGGGAAAUCAAUUAAAUUGGAUAUAUCUAAUGAGCCUCGUAAAAGAAUUGCCAGAAAAUUAUUUCAAGCAUUCAAAGAGAUGAAGAAGUGUGUUAUUAUUUUAGAUGAUGUUUGGGAUCAUUUCUCUCUAAAGGACGUUGGAUUUCCCAUGUUAGAUAAUCGAAUUAAACUGAUUUUGACCACUCGCAUUAGGGAGGUGUGUCAAGACAUGGACUGUGAGAAGAAUCGCAACAAGCAUGAAGGGGAAAACGCAGUUUUGAGAUCUAGCUAUGAUUUCUUAACUAACAAAUUGCAAAGAUUCUUCUUGUAUUGUGUCUUCAAUAUCGCUGGUCCUUUUUGGGAUGAAGAUGCUGAUCAUUUGAUAAGAAGGUUUGUUUAUGAAAGCAUUGAUGAGACAACGGAGUUGAGUGUGCAGUAUGACGAAGGUUACAACAUGAUGCAUAAAUUAAAGAAUCACAGCAUGUUGGAUUAUGAUGAUAAUAAUUAUUACUGGAUGACACACAAAUUUCUUGCAGUCCUGGCUACUGGUAUUGUAGAAGACACUGGUAAAAUUAUGGGAAAAGCUUGUAAGAAUUUGACAGAAAUACCAAGUGAUGACCAAUGGAAAGAAGAUCUACAACAAGUUUUUCUAAUGGGAAACAAGAUACAAACAAUUCCAAAUGGCAUAUCUCCUAAAUGUACUCAACUUUCGACGUUGCUUUUGAAUGAUAAUGUAAAACUCAACCACAUCACUGAUGAGUUUUUCAACAACAUGCCCGCUCUUAAAACACUUGAUUUGUCUAAGACUGCAAUUCAGCGUUUGCCUGAAUCGGUAUCCAACCUAAAAUGUCUCAUUGCAUUGUUACUUUCAGGAUGUAGGCAAUUGAGGUACAUUCCUUCAUUAGGAAAAUUGAAACGGUUAAUAUCACUGGAUCUAUCUUGUACUGCCAUCGCUGAGGCACCUGCGGGUUUGGAAUCAUUGGUCAAUCUUAGAUGCCUGAAUCUACUCGAGGUUGAUAAGUUGGUAAUAUCACCAUCGCUCAUAUCCAAGUUGAUCAAUUUAAAGUGUCUUGAGUUGGGUUGGGCCCAAUGCUUAACGGAUGCAACAGCACAAAGUGUACAAGGUUUGGAAAAGUUGGAAGUUAUAUGUGCCUACUUUCAUGACAUUAGCAUCUUCAAUACCUUCAUGAGUUGCCGCUUUUGCUUCUCUUCCCAACCUGUUGGACGUCUACACCUCUGGGAAAUGAACAACUUGAAAGACUUGGUGUCACCAUCUGCUUGUUUCUUGCAUCAAUCCACCCUAUUUGCUCAUCUCACACAUCUCCGAAUUUGGAAAUGUAACAGCAUAAAGACUCUGAUGCCGUUUAGGUUAUUAGCACUCCUCCAAAACCUGCGCACCAUUUGCGUUGAAAGGUGUGAGCAGAUGAAAAAAAUAGUUGGAGAGGAUCAUUCUGUAAUGGAACUUACUGCUAGUGGUGACCUCGUGGCCCUCCCUUGA